UUCACUCUCAAACUCCACUUGGGUCGUCGGUGCAGGGCCCCACACACUGUAAUCUCCUUUCUUCUUCCUUUUUUUCACCUUUUUUUUUUCUCUUCACACUCUCACUCUCUCUCCUGCUAAACGCCAUAGCCAUUCACCUCCAUUCUUUCUCUCUCCUAAAUCAUCAAAAUCACAAUCAUUUUCAUAUCAACAAUUAUGUUAAUCUUUAAAAUCUUCAAUUUUUUACCCUCUUAAUCAAAAUUUUCUGGGUUUUCCACCAUUUUUGAAGUUUGAUCUUCCCCAUUAAAAAAGAUUCAAUCUUUCCUUCGAUUUGAUGCACGGUUACAGUCGUCUCGGGCCCAAUUUCAACCCAUCAUCACCACCCACUUCUCCACCCUCUUCCCCUCGAUUCAGGCCCACACGUAUGAAGCCCAAUGGGCUGAUCUCCGGCCCAGGAAUCAGUCGUGUUGGUGGUGGGCCGAUGAAGUUGGGUAAUUUCGUUGAACGAGUGGUGUACAUUGUAAUUGCGACGGUUUUUAGGAGAAAAGGGGUGUUGUUGUUUGCGCCAUUGUUGUAUAUUACAGGAAUGUUGGCUUAUAUGGGAUCUUUGAGCUUGGAUAGUAAAGUUAAUGGAGGAGAGAGAAUUGGGUUGGAGAAAUUAAAAGGAAAUAUUGUUGAGUUUAGUGGUGGAUUUGUUCUAAAUGAGCCAAGAUUACCUGGUUCUUUGUAUAGAAGUCCUGAGGUUUUUGAGAGGCUUUGGCCUUUUUUGCAAGAUGAGGCUAAUCAUUCUACUAAUGCUUUGACAACAGUGUGGCCUACAAGAUAUCAACGAGGCUGGAAACCCUGCAUAAAUAACAGUGCUGUUGAAACAGAAUUGCCCAAGUCUAAUGGAUACUUCAUAAUUGAAGCAAAUGGUGGACUUAAUCAGCAACGCCUCUCAAUAUGCGAUGCAGUGGCUGUGGCAGGGCUGUUGAAUGCUACCCUUGUUAUUCCAAUAUUUCAUCUAAAUAGCGUUUGGAGAGAUUCCAGUAAAUUCGGUGACAUAUUUGAUGAAGAUUUCUUCAUAUAUGCUCUUAGAAAUAAGGUGAAUGUAGUAAGGCAGCUCCCAGAAGAUGUUCUCCAGCGGUAUAACCAUAAUAUUAGCAGCAUUGUGAACUUGAGAUUAAAAGCUUGGUCGAGUCCAUCAUAUUACCUACAGAAAGUACUUCCAAGACUGUUGGCAUUGGGGGCUGUGCGUGUAGCACCAUUUUCAAAUAGAUUGGCUAACACAGUACCCCCAGAGGUGCAAGGGCUACGAUGCUUGGCAAAUUUUGAAGCCCUGCGAUUUUCUCAGCCUAUACGAUCACUUGCAGAAGUCAUGGUUCAAAGAAUGGUUCAGAAAAGCUUAAGUAGUGGGGGGAAGUAUGUUUCAGUGCAUCUACGCUUUGAAAAGGACAUGGUUGCAUUUUCCUGCUGUAUAUAUGAUGGAGGAGAGGAGGAAAAGCAGGAAAUGGAUAUUGCUAGAGAAAAAGGUUGGAGAGGAAAAUUUCGUAGAAGGGGUCGAGUCAUAAGGCCUGGUGCAAUCAGGAGGGAUGGAAAGUGCCCACUAACUCCGUUAGAGGUAGGAAUGCUGCUUAGAGGCAUGGGUUUUGACAAUUCCACAUUAGUGUAUGUUGCUGCUGGGGUAAUUUAUAAAGCUGAGAAGUACAUGGCACCUCUUAGAAAGCUUUUUCCACUUUUGGAGACGAAGGAUACUUUAGCAACCCCAGAAGAACUUGCCCCAUUUCAGGGCCACUCUUCUCGGUUGGCAGCCCUUGAUUAUACGGUUUGUCUUCAUGGUGAAGUGUUCGUCACUACCCAAGGUGGAAACUUUCCCCACUUUCUAAUGGGUCAUCGACGUUAUAUAUAUGGAGGGCAUUCAAAGACAAUCAUACCUGACAAAAAGAAACUAGCUCUAUUAUUUGACAAUCCCGAUGUUAGAUGGGAAACUUUUAUAUACCAGAUGCAAGAUAUGCUCUACCGUAGUGAUUCAAAGGGUCGCGAGAUGAAAAAGCUUACGGCAUCACUCUACACAUUCCCCAUGCCUGAUUGUAUGUGUCAGGAAGCUGAUACAAACACAAUCGACGUAAAUGGUACACUUAAACUAUCUUGAUAAUUUUUGACCCAUAUAGAUUUUUGCCAUUAUACUUAUAUUCAUAUUGAUCUCCAUACUUUUUGUAUAUGGUUCAAUAUAUAUAGUAAUUAUUUUAGCCAUGUAACACUCAUUCAAUUUGCUAAUUAGUGAAGUUCAGAUGGGAGAUUAGCUGCUUUUUUUUAUUUUAUAAGGAAAACAGACUUAGACUGACCCCCUAGUCUGGGGCUAGCCUAAAACAUCCUUUCGGAUGAUAAGGGAGAAAUCCAUACAGCACGGGGAAAACCAGUAUGGUAACGAGGGGUAGCUCUGCGCCUUCUUGGCCAUAAAAUCCGCCUCUUUAUUUGCUUCCCGAAAGCAAUGACGAAACUGACACUCCAGAAAGCAAUGGGAGAUUAGCUUCUGAUUCUUUGAAGUGUAUUACUUGGAGAAGUAGGUACUAGAAUUUUAAUUAUUCUUUGUAAAAUACAAGUUGUUACAUUGUAAAUUAAUUCAAAGGAUAAUUUUUCUGAUUGUUUUC